AAAGACGGAUGAUUGAUUGAAGGAGCACACAAUACGCCCAAACGCCGCCAAUCGAUAGGCAGCGAAGACGCAAGGAAUCAACCGACCACAAGCGGGCACCGACGCCAUCGGUACAACUCGUCUGCAUGGCCCAAGGCUUGGGCACGAUCUUCGCGGAGUUGGGGAUCUUGCAAUACCUGGAUACCUUCGUCGAGCAAGGCUUCGAUACAUGGGCUACCAUAUUGGAUAUAACAGAAUCAGACCUCGAUGCUCUGGGAGUGAAGCUAGGCCAUCGAAGGAAACUUCAAAGGCGGAUUGCGAACUCGAGAGGGCUGGCCCCAGACGCCUCACUUGUGUCUCCUAUCCGAGCAAGUGUUGAGGAUACUCGUACAGAAAAUACCAAACCAGAACCCAUCAAGCCAGAUUCGAAGGACGUAGCUGUUGUCACGAAGCGAAAGUACCGACGACAUCCAAAGCCGGAUGAGAAUGCACCCGAGAGGCCGCCGUCCGCAUAUGUGUUGUUCUCCAAUAAAAUGCGCGAUGAUUUGAAGGGUCGCAACCUAACCUUCACCGAGAUCGCAAAGCUUGUGGGAGAGAAUUGGCAGAGCCUGUCACCUGUCGAAAAGGAGCCCUUCGAGACGCAGGCAUUGAACGCCAAGGAAAAGUACAACCAAGAUCUGGCAGAGUAUAAGAAAACAUACGAGUACAAGAAGUAUGCCCAGUAUCUCCAUGAGUUCAAGCAGAAGCAGCUUCACCAAAACCAAGCUGCCAAGAAUGGUACUAAACGAUUGAAGCUGGAUGCCAAUGCUACCAGAGUUCAUCAAGGCAGCAGUGCUAGCGUCACUCCUGGCGGCAGUGGUACUGGCAGUGGUAGCGACAGCGUCAUGGCAAGUGAUGGUUCGACAACACGAAAGGACAGGGUAGGAUCCGUAACGUCCAUGCCGGAUUAUCCAUUUGCGCCCACUCUGUCGCAUCAACAUACCGUCGAAGAGUCGAUGCAUUCGCCAGCCAGCACAGCCUUUGAAAUAGAGCGAUCCCCUGUCGGAAUCUCGGGCAGUCCGCAUGGCCCUCAUCAGCGGGCACGAAGGCCGACAUGGUCAGACAGGCAUGCGAGUCCGGAGAAUGGGGUGUCUCAACAUUUACCCUCCUUGUCGGAUGUGUUCAACGGUGAUCGCAUGGCUGGCGUUACUAGGACAUCGGACUAUCAUGGGCUCGGCGGGUACGCGCCGGGCCCGGUACCGCCACCGCAUUCUGGUCCAAUGAUGCCGUUGUUGAAGCACGAAAUAUCCUCAGCGGGGAGUGCGGGAUCACCAGGGCCAGCCUACAGUAGGAUGCCCGGCGAUGCUUCGCUGCCCAUUCAUGCGCUGCUGUCGUCAAGCAAGCCAUCGCCGCCCGCUGCAUACGAACAGAGACCAAUGCCUUUUUUCGGACAGCCCGCAAAACAUGAUGUCUUCUCUGCGACACAUGUCCCGGGACCCGAUGCCAUGGGCGUUAUCACUGACCAACGAGGACCACCUCCUUUGGUCAAAUAUUCAUCAUCCGGCUCGUCGGGAGCCACCGACGCAUCAACAACGUCGUCGCGCACAUCCAUUAGCGUCCACGAAGGCGUUAUCGGUCCAGCGAAGGCGGAUCCAAACUUAGACGGCAUGAGUGCAUUGCUCAGAGCAGGGGAGAUUGUUGGCCGUCGUGAAAGUUGAAGACGAGACUGUUUGUCUCAGAACGACGGACCGACUCUGUAAAGUCUAGCAUCCUUGGUUGGGAAUUAUUUUUUCCGUGGUGCGGCACCACGACGAUGCUGCCACGUUCGUGGUUGAUGAAUUUGUCUUGCGGUUUGCUUGGGUGGGACGAUGGCUUGACUCGACUCGACUCGACUCGACGGACUGACUUGGCGUGUACUUGAAUACCCUCAUGAUUUGGCAUAUGCGUUGGGCUUCUUUCGUGCCACCGGAAAGGUUCGUCAGGAUGGCGCGCCCGGAAGAAUCUCCGUCGGGCGUUGAUGUUAUGAUUCUUUUUCUUGGGAGAACUUCUGGUUCGAAGCAGGGGAAACAGGUCUAGGGUUGAUGGACAGGGGAAUGAAAAUGCACGAACACGGGGACGUGCUCCAUCAUUAACGUCAGGAAAAAGAUAAAGACUGCCGAUGCGCAGAACAAUCAUGAUAAUAGCUUCUAGAGCCA